AUGCAUCAACCACCAUGGAUGUGUAACAACAAGGACUGCGCCUUCCGUAACCGGCUGCUUGCUGAUGCACAGCGUACGACUCGUCACGUCUGUCAGCCAGUCCCUAUUCCUGUCUUCCUCAAUCCCUUUCCGCCCCCGAAUCCAAUCACGGUCCUCCCGCCCCCUCCUUUGGCACCAGCUCCUCCGGUACCAUUCUAUUUCCCACCACCGACUGUUCCCCAACCCGCACCGCCUGCUCUGUUUCCGAUGCCGGGUCCUCCUGUUCCAAUGCUUCCUCCCGCUCCUAUGCCUCCAGGACCUUAUAUGUUGCCGCUUCCUCCAGCUCCCGCAGCUCCCGCUACAGGCCAACCUGCUACCCCUGCACCACCGCAACCGGAGCAGAAGCAGCCACCUCCUGCUAGUCCGGAAGCUCAAAAGUCCCCGCCUAUCGGUAGCGUAAUCCACGAGAAAAGUGUGCACAAGUUUGAGCCAAAGAAGGGACCGAUUUCGAAACAUCAUAAAGAAGCUCUAUCUGAUUUCGAAGAACGCACUCGACGACAGGAGUAUCGUGAUCUUUCCGAAUCUAGCAAGCAGCAACCUGCAAAGAAGGCCGAGGAAAGCAAACCAAGAUCAAUCCUGAAACAACCUCAAUCAGCAAACCCUACAGUCAAUCAAGAAGUACACGUCAAUGUGUACAAUGGUGGACAGCAAACCAAGGCAGAAGCUAAGAACAAUGCUAGCAAUUCCGAGUCCGUCAAAUCUGUGCCUGCCAAGGACGCAGGUUCCGUUCGAGAAGAAGCAAUCAAACGAGCUCACAGCCUCGCACAAAGCAUUGCAAAAGCAACGCUUCCUGCGGCAACGAUGAAUGAUGUGCCAGCUCCGCCAUCACAGGCAGGGUCCAACGCUCCGUCUCAAACUCCCUCUCACAACUCGGCAGAACCAGCAGCGCAAGCUGCACCCAUGAGCGGCGCCCUCCCUCCUCCCUCCCACACAGGAUCCCACGCUCCGUCCAACGCACCCUCUCACGCAUCUUCCAAACCACCCUCUCAUGCUUCAAAGCCCGACACCGGUAGACCGGCUCCAUCAAGCGCUUCCUCAACCAUCAAGCCACCAUCUCACCGAUCCAGUUCGACCAGGAGGUCUCAUCAUCGAGCUCCGGUUGCUCUGGCGUCCGCUACGGCAAACGCACUUGUCAGUCCGCUUUCGAUUGAAUCAUGGCGGAAGACGGUGAAACGGCCUGUUCCCGCUUAG